AUGCUUUCUGAAUUACCCUCUGAGAUUGUGUACCAUAUUGCGACCUUUCUGCCUACUGCUAGCGCCCUGGUCCAUCUCGCGCAGACCUGCCGUCGCCUGUACAACAUUAUUACCGCAGAAGACGCGCGCAUCUUUCGCGCUUUUGUCCAGAACCGAUUCCCUACAAUAGAAACACCACCGUUCUGGAAGGAUGCGACACAAGCUCUUACCUCCCGCGCUCGAGCGCUCGAUCGACAUGCAAUCAUCGGUCGUUUUGUCAUUCCGCCACCGGACGCAAUCAAGGUCGGAGCUCACCAGGCAACGAGGCGUGACAACCCGACGCUGGGUUAUCGCCCUGCAAUAGACAGUUAUGAGGUGUGGUUGGGUGAUCGCUGGUCGGAUAGAAGAGAAGUUUUGGCCUGGGGCGCCGCAGAUGAACUGGCCUUGCGGAUCAAAGAGUCAGGUCGUCGAAAACACGAGCAAUGGCUGAUGUUCAAUGAUCUCGACCAUAUAAGCAGCUACGAUGAUAUCUGCGGUGUACAUCUGCUGCGACCAGGCCACCCAGGAAAGGAUGUCGACAACGAACAUGUCAUCUUUGGACGAGUCCGCGGCGACCUUGUUCACAUGGCUAUAGAACCGGAUAAGGGCACCCAUGAGUAUAGGCAAAAGUUCAUUACACAUGGAAGCGAGAUCGAUGCGAUUGAACUGAACAAUGGCCCACAAUCAAUCCUGGCCGCAAAUUUCAACGACGGCAGCAUAGCUUUCUUCCACACCACGACCAGAGAACCUGAGGUGCAACCGUUUUCAAAGCUGCAGGCCGCGUCGCAGGAGCUGUCGCGUCAAAAAUGUUCGAAGUUCUUAUCCUCUGACAGGCUUGCGGUUUGCGCUGGAAAUUCCUCUGCGUCCGUGUACACAAUAACGCCGAGCGAAGUGUCAACCUUGCGCCAGUUCUUGCUAGAUCCCCAGGAUCUAGCAAAUGUACAUUAUACCACCCCAAAAGCCCACGUCACUGCAUUUUCACCAUUGAACAUAUCAGCCACCGGAGGUGGCUCUCCGGGAGAUACAUUCUUAGCUGCAUGGAGCGACGGCGGAAUCAGACUUCAUGACGUCCGCUCUGACGAUCUAUACGAUGCCACGUUUCGCGACACGACAGAUCUUAAUCCCAUGUACAGCAUACAUCCCUUCGGACAUGACCGUUUCCUCGUCGGAGCAGGCGCCGAAGGAAUCGUGAAGAUAUUCGACCUCCGCAUGCCAAAGACAUACAGCUAUCUGGACGCGAAACUUUCAUCAUCUUCCAAACCCCCGCCCAUGAAAAGCAACAAGAACAACAACAACAACAAAACCAACGGCGCCUCAAGAACCAUCCCUUACCCACGCAGAGACUUCUCCAUCUUCCUCUCCCAUCGACCCCCAAUCGUCAUCAACUCAGGCCGUCUCCACCCGCGCACAAAUCGCACUUACCGCGGCCCUAUCUACAUGAUGUCAUCUCCCUCCCCGUCCUCAGCGACCGUUUACGCAGGCGUAGUAGAUGGCAUUGUACGCUUAGACUUCGCUUCCACAGACGACCUGACCGGCUCCUGCCGCACCUGGUACGAAACGAACCUCGCUCUGGACCUGAACACCAGCAAAUCUGCCCCUCCAGGCCAGAGGAUCCUGGACCUAUCAGGCUACGAGCGACCUGGUCCCGAGGAAAUGGGCAGAAGUGCACGGUUGAGAACGCAGAAAGCUUUCCAUGAGCUUACGGAUGAUGAUGUCCUUCAUGAAAGGGAGACGGGGUGGGAUCGGAGAUGGAAGAGAUUAGAAGAGGACGCGGCUUGGAGGCGACGUAAUGAUUAG